GCGGCGCGGGCGGCCUGGAGCCCCGGGAGCGGCGCGCGCGGCCCCGGCCCCGCCGCUCUGCCGGCGGCGCGCUGCACAUUCUCUCCUGGCGGCGGCGCCACCUGCAGUAGUGUUCGCCCGAACAUGGCGACACGGAGCAGCAGGAGGGAGUCCCGACUCCCCUUCCUAUUCACCCUGGUCUUGUUGCUGCCGCCCGGGGCUCUCUGCGAGGUCUGGACGCAGACACUGCACGGCGGUCGCGCGCCCUUGCCCCAGGACCAGGGCUUCCGCGUGGUGCAGGGCGACCCGCGCGAGCUGCGACUGUGGGAGCGCGGGGAUGCCAGGGGGGCGAGCCGGGCGGACGAGAAGCCGCUCCGGAGGAGACGGAGCGCUGCCCUGCAGCCCGAGCCCAUCAAGGUGUACGGACAGGUCAGCCUCAAUGAUUCCCACAAUCAGAUGGUGGUGCACUGGGCUGGAGAGAAGAGCAACGUGAUCGUGGCCUUAGCCCGAGACAGCCUGGCAUUGGCCAGGCCCAGGAGCAGUGAUGUGUACGUGUCUUAUGACUAUGGAAAGUCAUUCAAUAAGAUAUCAGAGAAAUUGAACUUCGGUGUUGGAAAUAACACAGAGCCCGUGGUGGCCCAGUUCUACCACAGCCCUGCAGAUAACAAACGGUACAUCUUUGCAGAUGCUUACAUUCAGUACCUCUGGAUCACGUUCGACUUCUGCAAUACCAUCCAUGGCUUUUCCAUCCCAUUCCGGGCAGCUGACCUCCUGCUCCACAGUAAGGCUUCUAACCUUCUCCUGGGCUUCGACAGGUCUCACCCCAACAAGCAGCUGUGGAAAUCAGAUGAUUUUGGCCAGACCUGGGUCAUGAUUCAGGAGCAUGUGAAGUCCGUUUCUUGGGGAAUUGAUCCAUAUGACAAGCCAAAUACCAUCUACGUUGAACGGCAUGAACCUUCUGGCUACUCCACAGUUUUCCGAAGUACAGACUUCUUCCAGUCUCUGGAAAACCAGGAAGUGAUCCUGGAAGAAGUGAGAGAUUUUCAACUUCGGGACAAGUACAUGUUUGCAACAAAGGUGGUGCAUCUCUUGGACAGUCCACAGCAAUCUUCUGUCCAGCUCUGGGUCUCCUUUGGCCGGAAGCCCAUGCGAGCCGCCCAAUUCAUUACAAGACAUCCUAUUAACGAAUAUUACAUCGCAGAUGCCUCAGAAGACCAGGUGUUCGUGUGUGUCAGUCACAGCAACAACCGCACCAAUCUGUACAUCUCGGAGGCAGAGGGCCUGAAGUUCUCCCUGUCCUUGGAAAAUGUGCUCUAUUACAGCCCAGGAGGGGCUGGCAGUGACACCUUGGUGAGGUACUUUGCAAACGAGCCAUUUGCUGACUUUCAUCGUGUGGAAGGGUUACAAGGAGUCUACAUUGCCACUCUGAUUAAUGGCUCUAUGAACGAGGAGAAUAUGAGAUCUGUUAUCACCUUUGACAAAGGGGGCACCUGGGAAUUUCUGCAGGCUCCAGCCUUCACGGGGUAUGGAGAGAAAAUCGAUUGUGAGCUUUCUGAGGGCUGUUCGCUCCACCUGGCCCAGCGCCUCAGCCAGCUGCUGAACCUCCAGCUCCGGAGGAUGCCCAUCUUGUCUAAGGAGUCAGCGCCCGGCCUCAUCAUUGCCACUGGCUCAGUGGGGAAGAACUUGGCUAGCAAGACAAACGUGUAUGUCUCAAGCAGCGCUGGAGCCAGGUGGCGAGAAGCACUCCCUGGACCUCACUACUACACAUGGGGAGACCAUGGUGGCAUCAUCAUGGCCAUUGCCCAGGGCAUGGAAACCAACGAACUGAAGUACAGCACCAACGAAGGAGAGACCUGGAAAGCAUUCACCUUCUCCGAGAAGCCAGUGUUUGUGUACGGGCUCCUCACGGAACCUGGGGAGAAGAGCACCGUCUUCACCAUCUUCGGCUCCAACAAAGAGAAUGUCCACAGCUGGCUGAUCCUCCAGGUCAAUGCCACCGACGCCUUGGGCGUUCCCUGCACAGAGAAUGACUACAAGCUGUGGUCUCCAUCUGAUGAGCGGGGGAAUGAAUGUUUGCUUGGACACAAGACCGUUUUCAAAAGGAGGACCCCGCAUGCCAUGUGCUUCAAUGGAGAGGACUUCGACAGACCAGUAGUCGUGUCCAACUGCUCCUGCACCCGGGAGGACUAUGAAUGUGACUUUGGCUUCCGAAUGAGUGAAGACUUGUCGUUAGAGGUGUGUGUUCCAGAUCCAGGAUUUUCUGGGCAGUCGUUCUCCCCUCCCGUGCCGUGUCCUGUGGGUUCUACUUACAGGCGAACCAGAGGCUACCGAAAGAUUUCUGGGGACACCUGUAGUGGAGGAGAUGUUGAGGCGCGACUGGAAGGAGAACUGGUGCCCUGUCCCCUGGCAGAAGAGAACGAAUUCAUCUUGUAUGCCAUGAGGAAGUCCAUCCACCGCUACGACCUGGCCUCAGGAACCAUGGAGCAGUUGCCACUCACUGGGUUGCGGGCAGCAGUGGCCUUGGACUUUGACUAUGAGCACAACUGCCUGUACUGGUCUGACCUGGCUUUGGACAUCAUCCAGCGCCUUUGUUUGAACGGGAGUACAGGACAAGAGGUGAUCAUCAGUUCUGACCUGGAGACCGUAGAAGCUUUGGCUUUUGAACCCCUCAGCCAGUUACUUUACUGGGUAGAUGCAGGCUUGAAGAAGAUUGAGGUAGCUAAUCCAGAUGGUGACUUCCGACUCACAGUUGUCAAUUCUACCAUGCUUGACCGGCCUCGGGCCUUGGUCCUUGUGCCCCAAGAGGGGAUUAUGUUCUGGACUGACUGGGGAGACCUGAAACCUGGGAUUUAUCGGAGCAACAUGGAUGGUUCUGCUGCCUAUCGCCUCGUAUCAGAGGAUGUGAAGUGGCCCAAUGGCAUUUCGGUGGACGAUCAGUGGAUCUACUGGACGGAUGCCUAUCUGGACUGCAUUGAGCGCAUCACCUUCAGCGGCCAGCAGCGCUCCGUCAUCCUGGACAAGCUCCCACAUCCCUACGCCAUUGCUGUGUUUAAGAAUGAGAUUUACUGGGAUGACUGGUCACAGCUCAGCAUAUUCCGAGCUUCUAAGUACACCGGCUCCCAGAUGGAGAUUCUGGCCAGCCAGCUCACAGGGCUGAUGGACAUGAAGAUUUUCUACAAGGGGAAGAAUACCGGAAGUAAUGCCUGUGUUCCCAGGCCAUGCAGCCUGCUCUGCCUGCCCAAGGCCAACAACAGCAAAAGCUGCAGGUGUCCAGAUGGUGUGGCCAGCACUGUCCUUCCUUCUGGGGUCCUGAUGUGUGACUGCCCUCGGGGCUAUGAGCUGAAGAACAACACUUGUGUCAAAGAAGAAGACACCUGUCUGCGCAACCAGUACCGCUGCAGCAACGGGAACUGUAUCAACAGCAUCUGGUGGUGUGAUUUUGACAACGACUGUGGAGACAUGAGUGACGAGAGAAACUGCCCUACCACCAUCUGUGAUCUGGACACCCAGUUCCGUUGCCAGGAGUCAGGGACCUGCAUCCCACUCUCCUACAAAUGUGACCUUGAGGAUGACUGCGGGGACAACAGUGAUGAAAGUCACUGUGAAAUGCACCAGUGUCGGAGUGAUGAAUACAACUGCAGCUCCGGCAUGUGCAUCCGCUCCUCCUGGGUGUGCGACGGAGACAACGACUGCAGGGACUGGUCUGAUGAAACCAACUGCACAGCCAUCUCUCACACCUGCGAGGCCUCCAACUUCCAGUGCCGCAAUGGGCAUUGCAUCCCGCAGCGGUGGGCGUGCGACGGUGACGCCGACUGCCAGGAUGGCUCCGAUGAGGAUCCAGCCAACUGCGAGAAGAAGUGCAAUGGGUUUCGCUGCCCGAACGGCACCUGCAUCCCAACCACCAAGCACUGUGACGGUCUGCACGACUGCUCCGAUGGCUCAGACGAGCAGCACUGUGAGCCCCUCUGCACGCGCUUCAUGGACUUUGUGUGCAAGAACCGUCAGCAGUGCCUCUUCCACUCCAUGGUGUGUGACGGGAUCAUCCAGUGCCGCGACGGCUCUGAUGAGGACCCAGCCUUCGCGGGAUGCUCCCAUGAUCCCGAGUUCCACAAGGUCUGUGAUGAGUUUGGGUUCCAGUGUCAGAAUGGUGUGUGCAUCAGCUUGAUCUGGAAGUGUGACGGCAUGGACGACUGUGGCGAUUACUCGGACGAAGCCAGCUGUGAAAACCCCACGGAAGCCCCCAACUGCUCCCGCUACUUCCAGUUCCACUGUGACAAUGGCCACUGCAUCCCCAACAGGUGGAAAUGUGACAGGGAGAAUGACUGUGGAGACUGGUCUGAUGAGAGGGACUGUGGAGAUUCUCAUGUCCUCCCAUCUCCGACACCUGCCCCUUCCACGUGUCUGCCCAAUUAUUACCGCUGCAGUGGUGGGGCCUGCGUGAUAGACACCUGGGUUUGUGACGGGUACCGAGAUUGUGCAGAUGGAUCUGACGAGGAAGCCUGCCCCUCAUUCGCCAAUGCCACUGCUACUUCUGCCCCCUCCCAACUUGGACGUUGUGACCGAUUUGAGUUUGAGUGCCAGCAGCCAAAGAAGUGUAUCCCUAACUGGAGGCGCUGUGAUGGCCACCGGGACUGCCAGGACGGCCAGGAUGAGGCCAAUUGCCCCACACACAGCACCUUGACCUGCAUGAGCUGGGAGUUCAAGUGUGAGGAUGGCGAGGCCUGCAUCGUGCUCUCGGAGCGCUGCGACAGCUUCCUGGACUGCUCAGAUGAGAGCGAUGAGAAGAACUGCAGUGAUGAGUUAACUGUGUACAAAGUGCAGAACCUUCAGUGGACAGCUGACUUCUCGGGGAAUGUAACUUUGACCUGGAUGCGGCCCAAAAAAAUGCCCUCUGCUGCUUGCGUAUACAAUGUCUACUAUAGAGUGGUUGGAGAGAGCAUGUGGAAGACUCUGGAGACCCACAGCAAUAAGACAAACACUGUAUUGAAAGUGUUGAAACCAGAUACCACCUACCAGGUUAAAGUGCAGGUUCAGUGUCUAAGCAAGGUGCAUAACACCAAUGACUUUGUGACGUUGAGGACUCCAGAGGGAUUGCCAGAUGCCCCUCAGAAUCUCCAGCUGUCACUGCACAGUGAAGAAGAAGGUGUGAUCAUGGCUCACUGGACCCCUCCUCUCCACACUCACGGCCUCAUUCGUGAAUACAUUGUAGAGUGUAGCAGGAGCGGUUCCAAGAUGUGGACUUCCCAAAGAGCUGCUAGUAAUUCAACAGAAAUAAAGAACUUGGAGGUCAAUGCACUGUACACCAUCAGAGUGGCUGCGGUGACUAGUCGUGGGAUAGGAAACUGGAGCGAUUCCAAAUCCAUUACCACCAUAAAAGGAAAAGUGAUCCCACCGCCAAAUAUCCACAUUGACAGCUAUGAUGAAAAUUCCCUGAGUUUUACCCUGACUGUGGAUGGGAACAUCAAGGUGAAUGGCUAUGUGGUGAACCUUUUCUGGGCUUUUGAUGCGCACAAACAAGAGAAGAAAACCAUGAAUUUCCAAGGGAGCAUACUGUCCCAUAAAGUUGGCAAUCUGACAGCACAGACAUCCUAUGAGAUUUCCGCCUGGGCUAAGACUGACUUGGGCGAUAGUCCUCUGUCAUUUGAGCAUGUCACAACCAGAGGGGUUCGCCCACCUGCUCCUAGCCUCAAGGCCAAGGCCGUCAAUCAGACUGCGGUGGAAUGCACCUGGACUGGCCCCAGGAAUGUGGUGUAUGGUAUUUUCUAUGCCACGUCCUUCCUGGACCUCUACCGCAACCCAACCAGCUUGACCACUCCAAUGCACAACGCAACCGUGAUCGUCGGUAAGGAUGAGCAGUAUUUGUUCCUGGUCCGGGUGGUAAGGCCCUACCAAGGGCCAUCCUCAGACUACAUUGUUGUGAAGAUGAUCCCAGACAGCAGGCUUCCUCCUCGGCACCUGCACGCAGUUCACACAGACAAAACCUCGGCUGUCAUCAAGUGGGAGUCGCCCUAUGACUCUCCUGACCAGGACCUGCUCUAUGCCAUCACCAUCAAAGAUCUCAUUCGGAAGGUGGACAGGAGCUACAAAGUCAAGUCCCACAAUAGCACUGUGGAGUAUACUCUGAGCAAGUUGGAGCCUGGAGGAAAGUAUAACAUCAUUGUGCAGCUGGGGAACAUGAGUAAAGACACCAGUAUCAAAAUCACCACCGUAUCAUUAUCAGCACCUGAUGCCUUAAAAAUCAUAACAGAAAAUGACCACGUUCUUCUGUUUUGGAAAAGCCUAGCUUUAAAGGAAAAGCAUUUUAAUGAAAGCAGGGGCUACGAGAUACACAUGUUGGACAGUGCUAUGAAUGUCACCGCAUACCUCGGGAAUACUACUGACAAUUUCUUUAAAAUUUCCAAUCUGAAGCUGGGUCAUAAUUACACGUUCACUGUGCAGGCGAGGUGCCUUUUUGGCAGCCAGAUCUGCGGGGAGCCUGCUAUCCUGCUCUACGACGAGCUGGGCUCUGGUGGAGAUGCAUCGGCAAUGCAGACUGCCAAGUCUACCGAUGUGGCUGCCGUGGUGGUGCCCAUCCUGUUCCUGAUACUGCUUAGCCUGGGGGUCGGGUUUGCCAUCCUGUACACAAAGCAUCGGAGGCUGCAGAGUAGCUUCACCGCUUUCGCCAAUAGCCACUACAGCUCCAGACUGGGCUCAGCAAUCUUCUCCUCUGGCGAUGACCUGGGGGAAGAUGAUGAAGAUGCUCCUAUGAUCACUGGAUUUUCAGAUGACGUCCCCAUGGUGAUAGCCUGAAAGAGCUUUCCUCACUAGAAACCAAAUGGUGUCAAUAUUUUAUUUGAUAAAGAUAGUUGAUGGUUUAUUUUAAAAGAUGCACUUUGAGUUGCAAUAUGUUAUUUUUAUAUGGGCCAAAAACAAAAACAAAAAACAAAAAAAAAACAAAAGGAAUGAAUAAAUUUUGUAGUCAUCAACUGUGAACUUCAAGCCAGGUUGAUUUUUAGUAGCCAAAUUGCUUUGAUUUUGACAUUAAUGUAGUCUUACAGGGCUGUGCUUGCUGGGCAUGCUUUUAAGUCUGUGAGAUAGUUUUGUUUCAAUAAAUUGACCAUUCUUUUUAUUUUUCUAA